UGUGCACAUUUAGCUCACAGCAAUGUUGGGUACUACUGUUUUAUCUUUUAAACUCUACACUUCAACUUGGGUGGGAAGCGGACCCAAGGUAGGGAGAAUCUUCUGAUAGGGUGUGACGGAAACAAAGAACAAAAACAGGUUGCGAUAGCAUACAAAUAGAUCAAAACCAGCUAAAUUAGAAGUGCUGAGGAAAUUGUGUGCCCAUGCGCAGAAGAGGCAUAUGCAUGCAUAGCAUGUGCAGGUUCCCGCAUGCUCCCGUUCCCAAACCAGUAGUGAAGUGCCUACUCCACCUUCUGACCUCUUAACGGGACCAUGGCUAGUUGUAUUGAAAACCAGAACAGUACAUCUAACAAGCCUCUGUCAGGUGCGUCGAUAGGCAUAGGGGUGCUGUCGCUUGCCUUCAUCUUGGGAUUCCCUGGCAACGCCUUUGUAGUGUGGACGGCCAUCUGCUGGGUUCGCAAGCGGACGGUCACCUGUCUCCUCAUCCUUCAUUUAGCCAUCGCUGAUCUGGCAGUGCUCCUCACAGCCCCUCUCUUCCUGCGAUUCCUCAGUGCCAAGAAAUGGGAAAUGGGUCAGGCCGUCUGCCAAAUCUGCUACUACAUCUGUGGGGUCAGCAUGUAUGCCAGCGUUUACCUCAUUGCUCUCAUGAGCCUUGACCGCUGCCUGGCUGUUUCCAAACCUUUCGUCUCACAGAAAAUCCGUACCAGGCGCACCAUCCGGCUUUUGGUGUUCGUGAUUUGGGUGAUGAGUCUUUUCUUAGCGACUCCUGCUCUCCUCUACCGGAAAGUGGUUGAUCGUAACAGCACAGAGUACUGCAUACUGUGCCACCAAGAAGACAAGGAGUUGGUCUUCCAUAACCUCUUUGAAACCAUCACCGGGUUCCUGCUGCCUUUUGCCAUUGUCGUCUACAGCUACGGAAUGAUUAGCCAACGACUCAAGGAGACCCGUUUCCGUCAGAAACGCCGAACCAGCCGACUCAUUAGCCUCAUUGUGAUCGCCUUUGCUUUUUUCUGGCUUCCUUACCAUAUCGUCAACCUUUUAGAUGUGAUUGGUCUGUGGAGCGGCUCGCCGAAGGUUAAAAAAGCAGGGAGUAUGGCUAGGCCCAUUUUGGUGGCUCUUGCCUUCUUCAGCAGCAGUAUCAACCCCAUCCUUUACACUUUCAGUGGAGGCUCCUUAAUCCGGUCAUCUGGUAUCGGUUUCAUGGCCAAACUCUUCGAAGGAACAGCCUCGGAGAUGUCGAGCGUAAAACACGGGACCGCCCGGGACCGAGAUGUCAAGACAGAACCCUCAAAUAAUGGGAAACUCGAGUUGUUAACUAUGUCUACUAACCCUACAGAUAGUAGCUCAGCUCAAGAAGCUGGAAAAAGCUCCAAGCUGCUCCCAUCAACUUGAAGCUACAGACAAGGGUGGACAUUCAGAAUUUUGUUAUCAGGUUGUUUUUUUAAAAGAUCUUCUGAACUGCUGUAGAAAUGUUGUCUCUUACUUAUCUCCAUAUCUUCUUCUUUUAUAUGAGGUAGACAGUUUCAUUUCUUACUCAUUUCAUUCUGCAACACAGCUUGCAUUUGUUGGCAACGAAUUUCAGGGACUAAAAAUGUUUAAAAAAAAAAAAAAACAACCCUGUCAUCAUAUUAUAAUAUUAUGUUUAGAAAGGAUUCCCAAGGAUUGUUGCAAGAAGGGUGGAAACCUCUCUGAACAUGUGAAAAGGUGGAUCGAGGACUUUGUGUUCAUUAAGUGCUAACUUUUAGAGACUAUGAAACUUGCAUACAGUCUGUCUCCACCCUAAAUCUAUAUCUAAAAUCAAAGCAGGCUUUGUCCAAUUUCACUUUUAGACAAACACAAACUCUUGUUUCCUCUUUUUUCCCACUUUCAAAUCAAUUGACACAACUUUUGUGGAACACUUCCCUCCUUGUUUUUAUCCAUUAGUUUGCAAUUGUCUUGAGAGAAGAAAAAAUGUGCUUAAUGGUUUGUUUAACAAUUGAUAUUCCUUUUUUGAGAUCUUCCCUCUUUUCAUCUUCUAUUUAAUUAUUUUUGUUAAUAUUUUUGUUAGUAUUAUUGAAGUGUUUUGUUGUCCUGAAUCUUAUUAUUUCAUUUUCUCUCCUCUCUUAUCUAUCUAUCUAUCUAUCUAUCUAUCUAUCUAUCUAUCUAUCUAUCUAUCUAUCUAUCUAUCUAUCUAUCCAGCUAUCCAGCUAUCUAGCUUUCAUCCAUCAUCUAUCUGUCUCCAGAGAAAAAGGGGUCAUAAAGAACUUAAGUCCUGAUAUCUGAAAAAAAAUCAUUGCUGUAUCCCUCUAAGUGGCCAAUAGGAGAAAUUAAUGCUCAAACAUGUUGAACUGUAUUUCGUAUCUACAUUACAAUAA